AUGGACCCGUCCAAUGAUCGCACCGGCCUCAGAGAAUCCACACAUGACCAAUUGCCAUCCGACGCUUCAAACACGCGGGGAAGCCGCAGCAAGAAGUCAACACAUAGCCCUCCUGGCAUUCAAGAUGAGCAUUCUCCUCUCUCUCGACGUUACAAGGGUCUCGCCGGCGAGGCGGAUGAAGAUAUCGUAAUGGGUGGUACCGAGGCCAGCAGAGAAGAGCUUGACCCGACUCGGAACGCCUCUACAAAUCAAGCCAAUGAUGAUGGCGAGAACGAAGAGACAAACAAUAACGAGGAUGCGGAUGAGCCUCAUGACGAUGACGACGACGACGACGACGACGACGACGAAGAGGAUGACGACGAUGCAAAUGACCGCGGCGACGCCUUCGGCGACAAUGAAGACGGUGAUCCUUUUGGUGCAUUCGGAGCUGCCGGGUUGUCCAGCACACUCCGUGCGCUGACGGGAAUGAUGUCCGGCCAAACUGCUCGACUGCGUGAACUUCUUAACAGCCUGAGGGAGGACGAUCUCUCUGUCCAGGUCAUUGCUUUGCAAGAACUGUCCGAGUUUCUACUGGUGUCCAACGAAGACAAUCUUUCUGGGCACUUCUCCCCCGAUGCCUUCGUGAGAGAACUAGUCCAACUCAUGAACAAGGAAGAGAGCCCGGAAGUCAUGCUCCUCGCAUGCCGCUGUCUGGCCAAUUUGAUGGAAGCCUUGCCUGCCAGUGUGGCAAAUGUCGUUUAUGCAAACGCCGUGCCGGUUCUAUGCUCAAAGCUCCUGGAGAUCUCCUUCAUCGAUUUGGCUGAGCAAUCUCUCAGCACCUUGGAAAAAAUAUCCGUCGAAUAUCCGGCCAGCAUCGUUCGUGAAGGUGGCCUUACUGCUUGUCUAUCAUACCUCGACUUCUUUGCCACAAGCACCCAAAGAACUGCCGUGACGAUUGCGGCCAACUGCUGCAGAAACAUUCCCAACGAUUCAUUCCCAGUUGUCCGAGAUGUCAUGCCGAUUCUCCUGAACGUCCUGAGUAGCAACGACCAGCGAGUUGUCGAGCAAGCUUCCUUGUGUGUGUCUGGCAUCGUCGAGAGCUUCAAGCACCAAGCUUCGAAGCUCGAAGAGCUGGUCAGCGUUGAUUUGCUGCGAGCUGUCCUGCGGUUGCUCGUCCCUGGGACGACUAACCUGAUUGGCUCCAACAUUCAUACUCAGUUCUUGCGCGUCUUGGCCUUUACAGCCCGGGCUAGUCCUCGCCUUUCUGCAGAGCUCUUCAAGCUUCAAGUAGUCGAAACUCUCUACCAGAUUUUGACCGGUGUUUCCCCGCCGAGUGGUACAGAGGAUGUUGCAUCCAAGCUUGACAGCGUUAUCAUCAUGCAAGCACUUAUUCAUCGACCACGUGAGCAGAUCAUCGAAACCUUGAAUGUCAUCUGCGAGCUGCUUCCAGGGCUGCCCAAGGACGCUGACCCGUUGUUCGGCGACUUCGUCGAGUUCCAUGGCCUGCAGGAACCCAGCGCAGCAACAAGUAGCUCCCGGCACUCCCCUACUGAAAAGCGCCUGUCGCUCCUCAACGGUUGCAAAGACGAAGUCCGACGCUUUGCUCUAAUCAUCUUCCCCACUCUUACAGAUGUCUUCUCAAGCACGGUCAAUCUGAGUGUCCGCCAAAAGGUUCUCCAAGCACAGAUCAAAAUGCUCUCCAACCUUCACGAGAAGAUCCUGGAGGAAUCGCUUGUCCCUGUUCCGUACGCUUCCUUCCUAGCAUCCAUUCUCUCUCAGCAAGACCACCCUAGUCUGGUCAUGCUUGGCCUGCAAGCUACAGAGCUACUCUUGAGCCGUCUGGAUAAGAUCUACCGUUACCAGCUGUACAGGGAAGGGGUCGUUCUUGAAAUCGAAAAGCUCUCCAGCCAAGUUCCGGAAGAGUCCGUCGAAGACCCCACGAAGAAGGCCGACGGUGACCAUGGCAGAGAAAGCUCUCCCACAUCAGAAGACGAGGAUGACGAAGAUGAAGAUAACGACGAUGACGAAGGCGAUGGUGAUGAUGGAGAAGAAGACGUCCAGGCCGAACAAGAACAUGUCGAGCCUGAGACUGCUGAACUCGACGAUGACGAAGAUGGGGACCACGAUGACCAAGAGCAAGACGAAAAUGCUGGCGACGCGUCUCCCGUUAGUUCCAGCUCGUCCUCUGCUUCUGAGGCGGUCGCACCCCCCCGCAGAUAUCUUUCAGACUCUCGAACCACGAAAAUUCGCAUCUGCCAAGUGGCAAAGAGGUUUUUGGAGUCUCAUGAAAAUGAAGAACACGGCCGAGACAUGAAAGCAAAGGCGAGCCUCAUCAUGGACGGUCUAACAAAAUUGGCUGAUGAAUUGGAAGCCUUCUUUUUGCGUCGCACGGCCAAUGAUCUAUCACCGUCUGCCGGAAAGGCCUUGUUCACCCAGCUGGCGGGACAAUUUGACACCGAUGUGCUAGAAAGUGUAACGAGUGCAGAGCUCCUUUCUUCUGGCCUUGUCCGGUCAUUAGUGGAAGUAUUGAGCAACCCCGACGAGGAAUUGGCUCGUUUGGCGCAGUCAACCCUUUUGGAGGUUUUCAUGAGCAAGAGUGUCAAGUCCAAGCCAAAGACAGCGACGGCUGAGUCGCCAGUCACGCCAUUCAGCAUGAUGAUCCACAAACUGCAAGACUUGCUCAGUAGGUCAGAGCACUAUGAAGUUGUUACUGUUCAUCAUAACACAUUUGAUGGCAACCGCACCAGCCCAGCUUCAAUGCUUGGCAAGCAAAUUCGUCUUCGUCUUGUGGCCGACGAUGACUCGAAUAUUCCUCGUCCGUAUAGAAACAUCAUGGUUUCCAUACACGCAAUUGCCACAUUCAGGUCUCUCGAUGAUUAUCUACGCCCACGCAUCAGCCUUUCUGAGCGUCCGCGCAUCGCUGGUAGACGCGACGGCCUUACUCAAGCUCUCGCUGCGAUGGCCGGUCUGCCACUCAGCGGUGUUCCCCCUGGCUCACGCCUGACUGACGGCUCCUCAUUUGCUCCUGGAUCUGCGCCACCCCCCCCUCCACCUCCCCCUAUCGCAGGGAUGCCGCCUAGUGCAUCACACUUGCGACGCGCGGUCAGCAACAAGCCGCCACGCCAUCCUACGACGCCCACGAACGCCGACCAGGCUGGGGGCCCGUCACGCUCCGGGAAGAGUUUGAGAAGAUCAUCUCGUCGCCAGACUCAAACAUCCGGAGUUCAAUCUCCUGCUAACCCUCCUCCUGAUGAUGAGGGUGAGCAAAGCACUUUGGAGUGUGCUGAUGAAAAACAGAUUAGCGAGGAUGACGAGGAUCUCGCCGAUGCCAGUGCUCUGGAUGCAAUUGUCGGCGAGCUUGAGGAUAUGGACGAGGAACCAGAUACCACUGGGCCGGAUGAUACUUCUGCCAUUGACUUUGAAGUUGCCACAACGGGCGGUGUAACAGCUCGCAAAGAAGAUGGCACCAAGGUCGCAACCCCUGUAAGCGCCGAGAAGCGUCCUGCCGAACAGAGGCAGGCUCCAGCAACUUCUACGCCAGCAGGUCCAUCGCGGCCAAUGUCUUAUGCAUCGGCUCUUCAAGCUGUUCCCCAGGAUUGGCACAUUGAGUUUUCCCUCGAUGACAAGGUUAUCUCCAACGAGACAACAAUUUACCGUGCCAUUUUUCUGGCUGCCACCAAAACGGACGAUCAGCACAUUAGCCGGAGUAUCUGGUCUGCCACUCAUCCCAUCAAGUUCAAACGAGUUCCCGGACCGCAGGGUAUGGAACCAACGGCAGUAACUGCAAACACUGAGGCGGAAUCGGAAUCUCCAGAUGGCAUCCCAGCGUCACUCGCUAAGAACCCCACCACAGCCUCCAUCCUGCGUCUCCUGAACAUUCUUCAUGAGCUCAACGAAAACAUUGAGGACGUUUUAAUCACAAAUGACCAGACAAUCGGCCUCAACGUUGAGCCGCCUUCACAGUUCGUCAGUACGAAACUGACAGCCAAGCUUAACCGCCAGCUAGAAGAGCCGCUCAUUGUAGCUAGCAGGUGCUUGCCUAGCUGGUCGGAAGAUCUGGCUCGACUAUACCCAUUCCUGUUUCCUUUCGAGACGCGCCAUCUCUUCCUUCAGUCUACAUCGUUUGGAUAUGCCCGAUCGAUGGCAAGAUGGCAGAAUGCGCAAGCUGAGGAGAACCGCCGAGAUCGCCACAACGAGCGCCCUUUCUUAGGCCGCCUUCAAAGGCAAAAGGUCCGAAUUUCUCGGCUCAAGAUCCUCGAGUCUGCACUUAAGGUUAUGGAGCUGUAUGGUGCCUCACAGAGUAUCCUUGAGGUCGAAUACUUUGAAGAAGUUGGCACUGGUCUUGGGCCGACCCUGGAAUUUUACUCGAGCGUUUCGAAAGAAUUCGCCAAGAAGAAGUUGCGUCUCUGGCGUGAUGUUGAUAACACGGGGUCCGACGAAUUCGUAUCUGGUCCCUCUGGGCUAUUCCCUCGACCACUAAGUACAGAAGAACUGGGCACACCUAACGGAGAGCGCAUUUUGCACCUGUUCAAGAUGCUUGGCAAGUUUAUUGCACGUUCCAUGAUUGACUCGCGCAUCAUCGAUAUCCACUUCAACCCUACCUUCUUCCGAAUUAGCGAUGCUGCUGCAGCCGGGGUCAAGCCAUCAUUAGGCGCUGUCAAGGUCGUCGAUCCGGGCCUCGCAAGGUCGCUGAAGGCCAUCAAAAAGUAUUCUAUUGCCAAGAAGGAGAUUGAUGAAGAUCCGACUCGAACGCCUGCACAAAAGGUUGCUGACACCGAGAAUAUCUGCAUCGACGGCGUGCGAUUGGAUGAUUUGUGCCUUGACUUUACGCUUCCCGGCUACCCUGGCAUUGAGCUAGAACCAAAUGGGCCGCAAAACCGCGUCACUAUUGACAAUGUUGAUGUUUACCUGGACAGAGUUAUCGACAUGACGCUCGGCUCGGGUGUGCGCGCCCAAGUUGAUGCGUUCAGAACCGGCUUCUCUCAGGUAUUCCCAUACACUGCACUGAGCGCCUUUACUCCCGCCGAGCUUGUCACGCUUUUUGGCAAAGUCAAUGAAGACUGGUCUCUCGAAACUCUUACCGACUCGAUCAAGGCGGACCACGGCUUCAACAUGGAUAGCCGCAGCGUGAAAAAUCUUUUGCAGGUCAUGAGCGAGUUUGACCUCAGCGAGCGUCGCGAAUUUCUUCAGUUCAUUACGGGAAGCCCCAAGCUUCCAAUUGGAGGAUUCCGUAGCCUCACGCCCAUGUUUACUGUCGUCUGCAAGCCCAGCGAGCACCCGUACACUUCAGACGACUACUUGCCGAGUGUCAUGACCUGCGUCAACUAUCUCAAGCUGCCAGAUUAUACAGACCACGAUACCAUGAGAAAGCGGCUUCUCACCGCUAUGAAGGAAGGCCAAGGAGCCUUCCACCUUUCCUAA